CACAUUAAAACGAUGGACAUGACGCUCGAGCCUUGAAAUGACGACUGUCACUUUAAAUGAGUUCAAAGUUCACCGCUGCACGUGGUGAAAUCAACAUGGCAGCGCCCUGCGCAUUUAAGAAGUGGAACUGAAAGUAUAUUAAAAGCAUCAAGAGAGUGAUGGCAGCUGUUAGUGGCAGCCCAGUGGCUGAUGCAUCCCCCUCAAAGGAGGAGAAGCCCGAGGAGACCCCGCUGGACUCCAACAACGAUGGUGGAAAGCCGGAUGUCGAAGCUGAAGGGGGGAGCGAGGCAGCCUCUGACCCCAGCUUGUACCGCUACAUCAAAGAGGACCUCUUCACAUCUGAGAUCUACAAAGUGGAGAUCAGGAAUCUACCCAAGUUCACCGGCUUUAACGACCUGAAGAAGUUCCUGGCCAAACACAGCCUCAACCCACACAAGAUCAAGUUGUUUGGCAAGCAGACGUUUGCUUUUGUCACCUUUAAGAAUGAGGAAGAGCGUGACAAGGCCAUGAAGAUGGUGCACGGCAUGCAGUGGAAGGGCCAGGUGCUGAGCGUCAGGCUGGCCAAACCCAAAGCAGACCCCAUCCAGAGGAAGAGGAAGCAGGAGGAGGGACAGGGCGCAGGAGGCCAGCCUCCAUCAAAGCGAACCGAGGAGGAGGAGACAGAGGAGGCGCCCAGUGUCCAGAUAGCCAACGUGGUGACUCCUCUGUGGAAUGUGCCUUAUGAGGAGCAGCUGAGGAGGAAGGAGCAGGAGGUGGUGGGGGUCCUGCAGAGGCUGGCCAAAGAGAUUGGCGGCACCAACAAAGCCAUGUUGCCAUGGCUGUUUGCGCAGAAAGGGAAAUACAACAAAAUGUGUUGUUCUCUGGAAGCCAUCAGACCUUCUCCUACACAGACAGAGUACAGAAACAAGUGUGAGUUUCUCAUAUCAGUGGGUGCGGACGGCGAGGAUAAGACCAUCGGUUUCCGCCUGGGGAAAUAUAAAGGCGGCUCCUGCGCUGUGGUGGGGCCGGCAGACACGUGCCAUGUCUCGGCCGAGGCCAAGAAAGUGGUCAGCGAGUUUCAGAAGUUCAUCAGGACAACAUCCUACUCUGUGUACAGUCCUGAAACAUAUGAAGGACACUGGAAGCAGCUGACUGUAAGGACUACGAGGACCAAACAAGCCAUGGCUGUAGCGUUCUUCAACCCACAGAAACUUGGAGAAGAGGAAGUCGAUGCAUUAAAGACCUCCAUGAAGAAGUACUUCACAGAAGGAGAGGGGAAAGACAGCGGCGUAACCUCUCUUUACUUUGUUAGAGAGGGUCAAAGGACGUCUCCUAACCUGGAGGACCUGCCCUGUGAGCUGGUGGCUGGAGAAGGCAGCAUUCAUGAGGAACUCCUGGGUCUAAAGUUCAGAAUAUCUCCUCACUCCUUCUUCCAGGUGAACACAGGAGCUGCAGAGGUGCUGUACUCUGCUGUGGGGGAAUGGGCCCAGCUGGAUGAGGACAGCACAGUACUGGAUGUGUGCUGUGGGACCGGAACCAUCGGCAUCUCUCUGGCCAAGAGGGUAAAGAAGGUGAUUGGGAUCGAACUGUGCCAGGAAGCUGUGGAGGAUGCCAAAGUUAACGCAAAGCUCAAUGGUCUGAGUAAUGUUGAGUUUCACUGUGGAAAAGCGGAGGAUGUGUUCCCCAACAUUCUCAAUGCUCUCGUGUCCCCCAACCUCACAGCCAUUGUGGAUCCGCCGAGGGCCGGCCUACAUUCCAAGGUGAUCCUGGCCAUCAGGAGGGCAGAGCAUCUGAAGAGGCUGGUUUAUGUGGCAUGCAAUGCCAAAGCAGCCAUGAACAAUUUCAUUGAUCUGUGCAGAGCGCCAUCCAACAGAGUUCACGGGGCCCCGUUCCGUCCGGUGCGAGCCAUGGCCGUGGAUCUGUUCCCUCAGACCAUGCACGUUGAGAUGCUUCUGCUGCUGGAGAGGGUGGACUACGACUCCCAGCAGCAGACCAGCAAGCAAUAAGGAAGAGAAGGGCUGGAUUUGAAACCGCCUUCAACAGUACAUACUACAUACUACAGAUGAGCCCAACAUGUACUGCAUAGUCUCUCGUCAGGAGAGUACAGGGUGAAACUGUUACAUCCAUUUGUUUCCCAGUAUGCUAGGUCAGGCUUAGCUGCUUUUUGAAAGCAGAAGUAAACAUACGUGUUGUCUCACUUUGCAUUGUGGGACACAGAUGAGAUGGAUUGGUUUGACAUCUGGGGAUUUUGGGCAUACUGAAUGCUACAUUUUGGCCCAAUCAGUACGUACUGUUGUUAUAGUAGGCGGUCUUAACUUUAAUGCACCCUGGCCUUUCCUUACUAGAAAUACACACACACACACACACACAGUACUCAAAGGAGCCUUUUGGAAUUGUUAAAAGCAUUUUUUCCCCUUGGUCAUCUGUUUGUCGUGUGUAAGGCCUAAUAGUCAUUACUUAAAGGGACACUUCAACCAAAUAACUACUUAUCACUCCCCAGUCCUUAUCUUGUAAUGCAAUAUUCAUUUCAGCUUCAAAUAAAGUAGUUAGUGUUACCUGUAUGAGGUUUUCUGCUUAUAACAGAGCUUUAUGGACAGUCCCUUUGCCAGUUAUGCUUUUUAGUUUAAGAACUUUUGUCAUCCGUGUUCACUCAGAAGUGGGUUACUUUAUGAGCCAUGUCUUAAAAGUAUUUAGAUUUAAUUUAGUCUUUGGUUUUGUGAAAUUGAUACCUUGUUAAACUGUGGGUACUAUGGAGUAGUUACCCUUCUCUUAUGUGUGUUUUGUCAUUCUAUGACUGAAUAAAACAAAGUCCUCCUAGUCAUUAGUCAAGACGUUUUAUUUUGCAUAACAAAUAUCACUGAAGUCAUAAAGCUCAGCUGCAAUACAUCAUUUUCUAGGCAGCAACAUCUCAAAACAAUUCAUUGGUACAGCUCAACAGCAACACAUGUCAAAGCAGUUAUUUUUUUCUUCUCACACACACUUGGCAAGACAAAUGCACAGAGGGGGGGGAAA